CUCAGAGCGGGCUGUUCCCCGGGGCAGCAGCAGUGGUGGGGAUCAGGGCCGCAGUGCCAGCCUCCUCUUUGGCAUGCGCAAUGGCACCGCCAGCGAUGAAGACUCCAGCUGGGCCACUCUCAGCCACAGCACGCCAGCUGGUAGCUCCCCCGAGGAAGCAGAUUCCUUCGGGCUUUGCAAUUCCCUGGAGAACGGACUCUGAUCUCCCGGCGGGUUGGAUGCGAGUUCAAGACACCUCUGGCACCUACUACUGGCACAUCCCAACUGGCACCACCCAAUGGGAGCCGCCUCAGGGAGCGGAGACUCAGCAGGAACACCCCUUCCAAGGAGACGCAGCUCACCUGGAUGGACUUUGGGCAGGCUGAGCCCUCAGAGGAGGCUGACUUCUGGAAGGAGGUCCCCUCGGAGGAAGAAGGGGAGGCCACCCCUGAGGCCCUGUCGGAUGAGGGCCAGACAGCUUUGCGCUUGGGGUCCCCCACCAUCCGGUCUCCUGAGGAGGAAGAGGGAGAAGAGGAACCUUUCUUGGACGUCUCCCAAGGGUCUAAGUGCUUCCUGGUGCGCUCGCUGGGCUGGGUAGAGAUGACAGAGGAGGAAUUGGCCCUGGGACGGAGCAGUGCCGCUGUCAAUGGCUGCAUCCGGCAGCUCUCUGGAGAGGGAUCCCACUCCCGGGGCAACUGGUUGGAGGGCAAGGCCAUGCUCCUAACCCUGGAGAAGGAGACCCUGGUAUUGCUGGACCCGGAGAAGCAGACGGUGCUACAUAGCCAGCCCAUCACGGGCAUUCGUGUCUGGGGUGUCGGGCGGGACAGCGGGAGGGAGAGAGACUUUGCCUAUGUGGCCCGUGACCAGUUGGCUCAGAUGCUCAAGUGCCACGUCUUCCGGUGCCACACACCAGCCAAGGACAUUGCUACUGCUCUCCAUGAGAUCUGCUCCAAGAUCAUGGCUGAGCGGCAGAGCUCCCGGACCCCUGCCAAUGGGCUCUUCUUGGACCACUCCAAGCUGGUGGAGAUCCCCUUCCAAGUUGAGUUCCCAGCCCCGAAAAGUGAGUCUGUCCAGAAAUUCCAGGUUUACUACCUGGGCAGCAUCUCUGUGGCCAAGCCUGUGGGCAUGGAUGUCAUCAACACAGCCCUUGAAGCAGCACUGGUGGCUGGCAGCAAGGAACAGUGGACGCCUACCCAGUUCAGCGUGGCCCCUGCCACCCUCACCCUCACCCACCAGCAGACGGAGGCUGUGCUGUGUGAGUGCCGGGUUCGGUUCCUCUCCUUCAUGGGCAUCGGGAAGGACGUCCGCUCCUUUGCUUUCAUCAUGGCCGCUGCCCCUGGAAACUUCCGCUGCCAUAUGGUCUGGUGUGAGCCCAAUGCAGCUGGGCUGAGUGAGGCCGUCCAGGCUGCCUGCAUGCUCCGAUACCAGAAAUGUCUGGAUGCUCGGCCUCAGACCACCAGCUCCUGCCUGCCAGCUCCUCCGGCUGACUCUGUGGCACGACGCGUGGGCUCCACCGUCCGGAAGGGUGUCCAGACCCUGCUGGGGACCCUCAAACCCAAGCGCCAAGGGGCUCAGACACCAUGACCCCCUUCCUCCCCUUAGGAAAUGUGGGGACCACCCAUCUGCACACUGGGCUUGCCUCCCCCAACCAGCCACGCAGCUCCUCCCCCCCCCCCCCCAUGUAAGCAAGUAUGCAAGGUGUGUAUUUAUGAGGAAUGAGUGUGUUUCCGCAAGUGAAGAAUGAAUGUGUUACCUUUUCAGAGCUGCUGGUGGGGGGAAGGUGGCUGGGAGUCGAGGAAAGUCCAUUAUCUAGGGCACAUCAUGUGCCACCUCUGCUAGGGCAAUGCCCCUGCCUCUGCCCUGUUGCACGUGUGCAAUUUAAUCAGCUGCUUCUAACUGAACAGGGAGAACAAUGAGCAGGGCUGGGGAGACAGGUGUGCCCCACUCUGGAGGGGCCAUUGUAGGUGUGCAUGGAGGGGUCCAGCCACCAGCCAGUCUCCCCCAAUCUAGGACUGAGCCCUUGCUGAAGGGGGGCUGGCUGCUGCCUCUGCUUUAAGAAGAGAAUUCUGUGUUGUACUAAAUUCAUUAAUAAACUCUGUUCCCAUGA